CCCCGCCUUCCCGCGCGCUCUUCCCGGCCGCGGCCUUUGUGGGGCGCACGUGCCGUAGCCGCUCUCUCCCGCAGGAUCGCCGCGAUGGCCGCCCAGGGAGAGCCGCAGGUCCAGUUCAAGCUCGUCCUGGUGGGCGACGGCGGCACCGGGAAGACGACGUUUGUGAAGCGCCACUUAACGGGCGAGUUCGAGAAGAAGUAUGUAGCCACCCUGGGCGUGGAGGUGCACCCGCUCGUCUUCCAUACCAAUAGAGGACCCAUCAAGUUCAACGUGUGGGACACAGCCGGCCAGGAGAAGUUCGGGGGCCUGCGCGAUGGCUACUACAUCCAAGCCCAGUGUGCCAUUAUAAUGUUCGAUGUAACAUCAAGAGUUACUUACAAGAAUGUACCUAACUGGCAUAGAGAUCUGGUCCGGGUGUGUGAAAACAUCCCCAUUGUAUUGUGUGGCAACAAAGUGGAUAUUAAGGACAGAAAAGUGAAGGCAAAAUCUAUUGUUUUCCACCGAAAGAAGAACCUUCAGUACUAUGACAUUUCUGCCAAAAGUAACUACAACUUUGAAAAGCCUUUCCUCUGGCUUGCAAGAAAGCUCAUUGGAGACCCUAAUUUGGAGUUUGUUGCCAUGCCUGCGCUUGCCCCACCUGAAGUGGUCAUGGACCCGGCUUUGGCAGCACAGUACGAGCAUGAUUUAGAGGUUGCUCAAACGACUGCCCUCCCGGAUGAGGAUGAUGACCUGUGAGAAAGUGAAGCUGGAGCCCUGCGUCAGAAGUCUAGUUUUAUAGGCAACUGUCCUGUGAUGUCAGCGGUGCAGCGUGUGUGCCACCUUAUUUAGCUAUCAGAUCGUGUACUUCAUUGGAUGCUGAAGGAGAUGAAUGGGCUUUGGAGUGAAUGUGGCAGUUAAAACAUACCUUUUUUUUAACCUACCUUCAUUUUUUUGGACUUGCAUAUUUAGCUGUUUGGAACACAGUUGUUUCCUGAAUUUCAAAAAUAAGACUGCUACAGUCACAUCGCACUAUUCAGUCAGUGGUAAAAUCUUGUUCCUGUCAUUCCCAUUCUUUUUGUUUAGAAUCAGAAUAAAGUUGUAUUUCAAAUAAUCUAAA